CAACUACACCAGGUACACAUAGUUGACACCUGCGCAACGCAAGGCACAAUCGCAGUCCGCACAGCUCAGGCGGACCUGCCUGCAGCCUUGGACCGAACGGAUAACCAAUGUGCCAGCAUAAAGCACGGCGACGUGACUUGUGGUUUCUCUCAACAGGAGGACUCCGCUAACAGCAGCACAUCUGAGACCGAGACCGGAUCGAGUUGUGCGGGUCAUUCUUCAGGAACAUUGUCACCACUGCCAGCUCUCCAGUACAUGUGCUGCGGCUCCAAACUAGACAGGCAAAGUCUCGUGGACACAUAUGAUUGAGAGCUGGCGAUCCUGGGAAUCAUGAUGGCUUUCGCUCCUGCGCCGUCCAAGUUCCUGCUUGAAUUCAGGAUCCAGGACGAUGGCCUCGAUAGUGCUCGCGCCCAGCACUUGGCAUCUGAAAGGACAGAAGCUUUGAGGGGCGACGGAGACGCCCACAGCAAGUUUACGUGUUUCCCUGAAUUGCCGCCAGAGCUGCGACUGAAGGUCUGGGACUAUCUCAUCACUCCUCGAAUCGUGCAGAUCUUUUGUCUCCCAGACAUACAUCCCGGUAGGACAAACGGCCGCGGCACCCAAACCAACUCCAUUGGUGACGACCACAACUACGACGGCACAUUCGACAUUGACUUCACUAUUGACGACUACCAUCUACCAGACGAGCUACACGACCCAUCGAAUCGGCAACACGACGCCUCCCUCAUCCCCUUGCUCCUACACAUCAACAGAGAAGCUAGACAUCAUGGGCUCAAGCACUACGAGCUCGCAUUCAGCUGGAAGGUCCCGCAUGUGCUCGCGGACCUGGACAUCGGCACAUCGGGGCGGAGGAGCUCCCCUCCGUCUUGGUCCGAGCCGCGGAUAUACUUCAACUUUGCGCUCGACGCCGUGCAUCUCGCAGGCGAGUUGGAGCCCUGCGACAGCUACGGCUUCAACAGCCCCAUGACGUAUUUCCUCCGCAAGGAAGACUGCCUCCGGGUGCGGCACGUGGCGCUCUCUUUCGGUGCGCUCCACUACGGCGCGACGGCGUCGCAGCAGAUCUUUGGGUCACUGUUCCAUGUCGUGGAUCGAUUCAGUCCGCCGCAUGGCCGGGUUCUCGUCACUGUGUCAGAUAGGGACGAAGGGAUCAACCUGAUGAUCGGGGCUGCGUCGCCAUUGGUUCCUCCAGCGCCUUCUUCCGUGGUGCUGUCAGCGCACAGCUCAUCUGCCCUCAGUAGGGAGGGCAUCACCACUGCCGGGCCUAUGACGAGUGGAGGCUUGACAGCCAUGGAGCGCGAGUAUGCGAGCAGACCGCAAGCGGCAAACACCGCCAAGGAGAACGUCGUGCAGAAGCUUUGGAGCGACUGGUACCGUGGCAGCUCCGUCAAGUCGCAUCUGGCAAAUAUGCGGUUCGACCUGAUCCACGACUGGGAUCUCGCCGAGCAGAUUGCGCAGUUGGAUGGUGCGAUGGCAACGAGGGAUCUCACAGGACGUGACAACGAGCAGUCGCAUGGGCCAAUAAUGUCGGAAGGUGCCGUGGAUGGCGACCGCCAGACCCUAGGGCAGAUGACGAACACCAACUUCUAUGAAAUGGAGGAGGACUACUCGAGCAUCCCGGCAGAACUGAGGCUGUAGCUACGUAGCUGCGUGAGAGGAUCCUCGGGCGGAUGUUGUUAGAAAAUACCAAGAUGGUUGGACAUACGAAAGCACCGGUCGUCGUCUUUCCAAUCUAUCUCGACUUCAAUUUGCUUGCACAGCUGACGGCUGAUUUUGACCUUGGAGGAACGGCUGGGCUUCUUGGUCAGGGAAGAAUUAACAUGUUGCUGUGUCCCAGCUCCACCACG